AUGACGGCUUCCAAACCACUCAUCGCCAUUGUGCCGGGAGCUCUGCACCGACCAAAUGCAUACUCCAAUUUUGUGCAGCUUCUCCAGCAGCGGGGAUUCGAAGUGCUCACACCACCACUCGCAGUGGCCAGUGACUCGGAAACUCUCGACAAGGAGCUGACAUAUGUUGAUGAUGUCAAGAACAUUCAUGCCCAGCUGCUUCCCCUCCUUGACCAAGGCAGGAAGGCCAUCAUUCUCUCCCACAGCUACGGUGGUUUGCCCGCCGUUGCCAGUAUCGAGGGCCAGACGUGCGAGGAGCGAGCCGCUCGAGGUCUUUCCGGUGGCAUCAUAUCUUACGUGGCCGCCUGCGCAGUCGUGUACCCUCUUCGAAACAAGAGUUUAAUGGGAGAUGAUACUGAGUUCCAACCAACGCCGUAUCAUCGGAUCAAGGACGGCAUCGUGACAGUAACAGACGAAGCCCGUGCCCUUUGGUAUAGCGACCUACCUGAGGAGAAAGGCAAAGAGGCAUUUGGCGCACUACUCAAGAAGCAGACUUGGAAAAGCUUCACCGUUUUCCCGCGCUACGUGGAGAAUGACCUCAAGAUUCCCAAGACGUAUUUGCUAUGUGAAGAUGAUCAAGCCAUCCCGGCAUCGUGGCAAGAAUUGUUGGUCAAGAAUGGGAGCUUUGACUUAGUGCACCGGUUGAAAUCCGGUCAUGCACCGUUCAGAAAGGUUCCCGAGGAGGUUGCUAAGAUACUCGAGGAGAUUUGGAAGAACAACGCGUAA